AUGUCUAGUCCGUACAGGAUGCAAGUAGGUGAGGCUGCUUGCGUUAAAUCCUCGAGAAAGAUAUACAAUAUGGAACCGAUAAUUGUAGCACAGGAUCAAGAAGAGAUCAAACGGGGAAAUCUACAUGUCAAUGAAAAGCAUCCCCUCGAGAUGGGCAUAGAGAUAUAA